AUGGCUCUGGGCAAUGGUCUUCGUAUAGUCUGGCUGGAUACACAUAUUGGAGUUAUGGGAGAAUAUAUAGCACUGAAGAAACAAUUUCAAAAUGCGGCCGAACCAGUUGCCUCUAUGCCACCCGGUGGGAUCAAUGAACUUAUCUGCUGCAUCGAGGAAAAUGUCGCUCCAAUCGAAUUCGUGUCUACUAUUGACGAUGCACUGGCUUUGAUUCAAUACGAAACGGAUAAAAGGAUUAUCUGGAUUUCAUCUGGUACACUCGGAGAACAGAUUAUACCUAAGAUUGUUUCGGAAUAUCCGCGUGUUUAUUUUUUCUAUAUCUUCUGUGGUUAUGUUCAACGUUUGGUUGAAUGGGCUCUUGAUCAUGAAUACGAAAAUAUGAUGAAAAUUGUCGAUACUGAGCCUGUUCUUCUCGUACAUCUCACUCGUGAUAUGUCGAAUGAUAUCAUCAAGUUGGGAGAAUCUUAUAUGAAAUUGCUCGAUGGAAAAAGUGCAGAAAAAUGUUUUGUAGCCGCUCAAAAACUGGAAAAGAAUGCAAAUGCUGUCGAUUCUUUACGUAACUGUGCUCCACUUCUCACACGUCUUUCAAUGCUCGAAGGUCCCAAUGGACUGAUCCAAAAGGCACAGGAUUUAAAUGGGCCACAAAGCUAA